AAGAUAGAUUGAUAGAUCCAACUGAGUGGGCAAAAAAAAUAUGAGACACUGCCUAGUGCUUUUUUUAAAAAUUUUGAUAAGCCUGGUACUUAUUCUUCUUGGCAAACCAGUAAGUUAUGGGGAUGUAAAUAAACGAACAGCAGUUGUGAAGCAGUGAUGAAUGAAGUCUUAACAUAAUUACGUUGAGUGUAUACUUUAUUGUGAUUAACAAAAGGCACUACGAGGAGCUUCUCCAUUUCUAGGAUCUAAUGAAUAUAUCGCUAUAUCAAUUGAACCCAUGAAGUGGAUUGCCUCACUGCAAGGACAUUAAAGGCGCUGAAACCACUUUCCAAAAUUACUCACUUAAAUUAAUUCACAGUACAUUAAAUUUACGUUUCCAUUGAACUGGAAUUGGCUUACGUAGUGACAUAAUCUUCUUCAGGACCGCCUUCUUAUACAAACAUGUCACAUUUCUACGUUCUUUUACUGUUUCCACUUUAUUUACAAGUUUUUGGCUAUCAUGAAAUAUCUGAUUCGAAUUCUACACAAUCUCUCACGAUUGCGGUGCUUGUUUAUCCUGACAUUGUUUUACAGAAUAUUUCAUCACGAUUCCUUUCCGUUACAAUUGACACAGACACUCUGAAGAACAACUGGCAAUAUCUGAAUACCAGUUCUACCAAAGUACAAACUUUGGCUUGUGGGCUGUCCCCUGUAUAUCUGAGGAUUGGUGGAACUUUAGAAGACUUUCUCUAUUUUCAUGAUGAUUCCAGUGCCUUAGAAAACGUGAACAACCACUUGAAGCCAUUUAAUAUAACUGGCCAUCAGAUUGAUGAACUCUUUAAGUUUACCAAUUCUGUCCACUGGGAUGUUGUUUUUGGUUUGAAUAUGUUGAAUCGGCAACAUGGUAAAUGGAACGCUGAUAAUGCAGUGAGACUGCUUCAGUAUAUUGCUAAGAAAGGCUACCCUGUCGCUGCCCUUGAAUUGGGAAAUGAACCAGAUGUCUACCAACUGAUUCUGCCUCACAGACCAGAUCCAACGGUCUUAGCAAGUGAUGUUUCAUAUCUUCGUUCUAUCAUGGAUCAGAUACCACAUUUAAAGGGGACGAAACUGCUGGGGCCUGAUGUCACUAAUCAAUGUGUUACUCAACCGUCAUAUAAAAAUUUCUUUAAAAAAUACCUGGAUGCAGCCCACACUUUCUUGGAUGCUGUUACCCUACAUCAAUAUUAUCUUGAUGGCAAAUAUGCCAAACUUUGGGAGUUUUACGAUAUAGCAGUUAUGGACAGGUUGGAAAAUGAACUUGCUUCAGCCAAUGAUAUUUUGAGAAAGCAUGCUCCAGGAAAGAAACUUUGGCUUGGAGAAACCAGUGCAGCCUGGGAUUCUGGUUCUGUUAAUGUCUCCAAUUCAUUUGUGGCUGGAUUUUUGUGGUUGGAUAAACUUGGAUUAGCUGCUAAAUACGGAGUUGAAAUUGUGAUGAGACAAGACUUCUAUGGUGGAAACUAUGGACUAAUCCAGUUUAAGAAUCUGGAUCCAAACCCAGAUUAUUGGUUGAGUCUCUUGUUCAAGACAUUGGUUGGUGGCCCAGUUUUUGAAACUGUUGCCUUAGAUCCUACAAAACAUUUCAGAGUUUAUACACAUUGUACCAACUUACAAAGGACAAAAUAUGGUCCUGGUGCAAUAACCGUUUACUUCCUGAAUGUAUUUUCAAACAAAACUGUAGCCAUUGAUUUUCCUAAAUACAGUAACCAAAUUGUUCAUUUGUACCUGUUGGAACCUGCAGAUGAAAUGGGUCUCAAGUCAAGGAAUGUCAAGUUAAAUGGAAUCCCACUUCACUUAUUAAAUAACAACCAGUUACCUUCUUUGAAGCCGAAACCACAAAAACAACCAGUCCUGAUACCACCGUUAACAUUUGGCUUUAUUGUUCUUCCGAAUGCCAAAGCAAGGCCUUGCUAUAUAUAGAAAAGAAAAAAGAAACAUGGAAAUGAUGCAGGAAGCAUAUCUCCAGGAUUGGUAACAAGUGCAAAAUAAAUGCCUUCGAAACAACCAGAGACAUUGAACUGAUGGAAUAUAUAAAAAUGGUAAAGAUAGAGAGAAAGAAUGUUUUAGCAAAGCUACUCAAGAAGUGAAGUAGAUUUGUGAAAUUCAGUUUUUCGAGUUUGUGCCAGGGUGUGGAGCCACUAAUGCUCUUGUUUUUACUAAGGCAACAAUGGAACUUCUUAACCAAGGAUCUUUAUAUUAUUGAGUUGGAGAAGGCUUGUUGUCAGAUGAAACCUUGAUGAGGGGGCGUCUUGUGACAGCCAUGAAAGUCAUGUAUAGGGACGUUGUGAGGAAUUUAGCCUGCAGCUAGAUGUCUAACAGAGCUUGGUUUUAAGCUAUUUCCUGUUUUGUAGAAUGUAAGGAGUUGAAGACAGAUUGUAGUUCUCAUUGAAGAAUUAAAGAGUUCUUUAUCUGAAAGAAAGGACCAGAAUUGAGAGGCAUGGAGAUAUAUAUUGCUGUGUUGCAAACCAGUUUAAACUAGACCAUUGUAGAAAACCAGAGAUUAUGAUUAAAAAAAAAAAAUGAUGAUAAUGAUGAUGGAAGGAAAAGCAAGGUUUGUUUUCAUGUUAAACACAUGGGAUACCUCGUUAGACUAAACUAAUUAAAGCAAAGACCCAAUGAGGACAAAUCAUAAAGUUAUGUUACUUUGGAAUUAUUUAAAUUUGUCUUGUUUUUCCUCGUGUUGCAUUUAAAUAUGUCUCAUUAGGUUUUACUAAAUAUUUCUUACACAUUAAAAUCAGUCAUAGUGUUGUUAUGUUGUUUCUUUAUGUCAUGUCCUAUUUUAAGAACAGAAAUAGCUAUUUUUAAAUUCAUUUAAAUUUCAGAGAAAAAAAUAAACAUUAAAAAUGUUUUUAAUUCUUUUAUUUCUCCAUAAUAAUUUGUUAAGCAAUGUUGUACAGAAUCAUUUAAGAGUAAUAUAGUCUAACAUUGGAAAAAAUAAAAUUUGAUUCAAAAAGGAAAAAAAAAAAA